AUGGCAGGUAUGGCAUCUCUAUUGUCAGAUGCUUUAGAAUGGAUAGUGGAUUCAGAUCCAGAUGCAGCUAUCACAAAUGAAGAGGACAUGUUUGUUUUUUCUCCUUUCAUUGAUGAAGCAAGAGGAGCAGAUGUGACCAUAGUAGCAUCUCCUUCAUCAAUUCCUGCAAGUGACAUUGAACCGUCUAUUAUGGUUCAUGAUGAAACUACUGAACAGGUUGAACCUACUAUGGUUCAUGAUGAAAAUGCUGAACACCAAGAUGCUGAACAAGCUGAGCUACCAGUUGAACAUCUUGAGCAACAAGGUGUUGUGCAGGCUGAACCACCAGUACCAGACUUGUUGCUUGUUGCUACUGAUGCUCCUAAGAUAGAUGUUGGUGAACCUACACAAGAGGUUGCUGUGAGACCUAGCGAAAAUACAAGACCUCUAAUAUGGCACAUUGACUAUGUGAUCACACACAAGUCUAAUUGUGCUCAUUAUCCAACAAUGAAGUUUCUCUGCUGUUAUGGAGCCAAAGAAUAUCAAAGAGGCUUCUCAAAACAAGUUGUGGGUGGAGGCAAUGCAAAACCAGGUGGAUGCAUUAGAAGAAAAUCAUACUUGGGAUCUGGUAGAAUUUCCUCCAGGAAAAUAGACCAUUGGGUAAAAAUGGUGUACAAGAUAAAGCUUAAGAAAAAUGAAGACAUAGACAAAUACAAAACAAUACUAGUUGUAAAGGGUUAUACACAAAGAGAAGGUUUAGACUACCAUGAAAGCUUCUCACCUGUGGCAAAAAUGAUUACUGUCAGAACAGUAAUAAGUAUUGCAGCUGCAAAUGACUGGGAACUAUUUCAGAUGGAUGUUAAUAAUGUAUUCUUACAAGGGGAUCUAGAUGAAGACGUAUACAUGUCACUUCCAGAAGGUUCUCACAGACAAGGGGAGAAAAGAGUUUGCAAGCUUUUGAAGUCAUUAUAUGGGCUUAAACAAGCAUCAAGGCAGUGGAACAUCAAGUUGACCACUGCCUUGAUAGGUGCAGGAUACAGUCAAAGCUCACAUGAUCACUCUCUUUUCACUAAACAGAAGGGUAGAGGCAUGGUGUUAGUGUUGAUAUAUGUAGAUGAUCUACUCAUCACAGGAAGUUGUCCAACACUUAUUGAAGAAACAAAGAAGUAUCUACAGAGUCAAUUCAAGGUAAAGGAUCUGGGAAUUCUAAAAUAUUUCUUGGGUAUAGAAGUAAUGAGGUCCAAGAGUGGAAUAUUGCUAAACCAAACGAAGUACACAUUAGAAUUGAUAGCUGAUGUGGGGCUUAAUGGUUCUAAGGUUUCACCCACUCCAUUGGAAGCAAACACCAAGUUAACAUCUGUUGAUUAUGAUGCAGCAGUUAGGAACAUAAAUAAUCAUAUACUGGAAGAUACUGUAGCUUAUCAGAAGUUGUUUGGAAAGUUGAUAGACUAAACUAUUACUAGACCUAACAUCUGUUUUGCAGUCCAAGUUCUUAGUCAAUUCAUGCAGUUGCCUAAAAAAUCACAUCGAGAAGCAGCUUUGAGAGUAGUAAGGUAUGUUAAAGGAUCACCAAGGCUAGGAAUAUUGUUGAAAAGAUGUCCAAUCACUGGAUGUCAGUGUUCUGUGACUCAGAUUGGGCUCCUCGUCCUAAUACAAGGAGAUCAGUUACUGGUUUUAUAGUUCAUCUUAGUGGAUCUUUGAUCUCAUGGAAAUCAAAGAAGCAACACAAUGUCAAUUGCAGCUCAGCAGAAGCUGAAUAUAGAAGUAUGGCUGCAGCAGUUUCAGAGAUAGUCUGGUUGGUUGGUCUACUACAAGAAUUACAAGUUGAUGUGAAAUUACCAAUUCAGCUGCAUUGUGAUAGCAAAGUAGCUAUUCAAAUUGCUACAAACCCCAUCUUUCACGAACGCACAAAGCACAUUGAAAUAGAUUGUCACUUUGUGCGUGAGAAACUCAAAAAAGGACUUGUACUGCCCACAUACCUUAACACCAAACUUCAACUUGUAGAUUUAUUGACCAAGGGCCUGAGAGUAGCUCAACGUCACUCUCUUCUAUCCAAGCUUGGAGUCGUAGAUGUCUUUCACCCUCCUGCUUGAAGGGGAAUAUUGAAAUAUGUUGUUGUAGCUGAGUGAAUUAAAUUGCAAAUUGUUAGAUGAGUUGAGAGUUUGUUAUAGUUAGUUAGAAGUGCACAUGUGUGCAUUUGGGCCAGCUGUCAAGUAAGCAACAGCUGGCACAUAUUUGGAUACAAAUAUCUCUUCUUUCUCAUUGAUGUAAAUGGACGAUUAUAUUUUCCCUCUCUCAGAUAAUAAGGUUUUCUCUUCA